AUGGCGAGUUUGCGCGACGAGGAAUUACCACAAAGUUCAAUGGAUGAGUCGGACAUACUGACUACAACGGAGUACGCAAUACCUGUGCAGAAUCGGUUUAAACAAAUGAACAAUGGCGGGCAAGGACUGAGUGAAAACGGUGGAUUUCAAACUGUGCAACGUAGAACGAAACGUAAAAAAAGGGUUGACAGGCUGAAGAGGUGCCCUGAUACUAAGCCGACCCAAAGCGCGAGGGUGUACUCCAAUGAGACUGUUAUUAACAGCAGCAGCGAGAGUGACAAUAAUGAUGGCAAUGAUCAGGAGGCUGCAGAUGAGGAUGUAUUUCUGAAAACACAAGAAAAAAGCAUACAGCCAAUCGUGGGCAACGCCCACGAAAAUGUAAACAAACCUAGAAGUAGGACAAAUAGCGCGGACCAUAUAGAGCAGAUAACUACCACCACCGAUAUCACAGCUGUCACAACCACUACUACCCCCACCGAAACUAUCAACAAUACCCUCGACCGCUUUCACCAUUCCCACCACUACCCUUACCACCACCACAACCACUCUCAGAAUUACCACAACGACUGUCACCAACACUACCAAUACCUCUACGAACACAGCCACUAUUUCAACUACCACAACCACCACCACUAUCACCACUACUUAGACCACCACCAUCACAACUAUCACCACGACAACGAGCGAGGCAUGGUUAUUUCAUUCUGGAUCAGCAGACGAUUUAUUGCUGAAACUGUUUUACGGAGGAUUCCGGAGAUAGUCAAUGUAUCACGAUUGACAGCACCAAUGGGUUAG